AUGAUUGUACCCAUUUCAAUAUUAUUUCCGAUCACUCUCCUGUUAUCCAUCGUUAAUGGUCAACAAGCAGAUGAAUCAUCCACUAUAACAGGGACAACUUCUGUUCCAAAAAUUGUAACAACUUCUGACGCUAAUGGUCAAGUGGUCACUGUAACUUCAUACGAUUUAUCGACUUUCACCUCUACAGUUUGCCCAACAUGUACAGCAAAAACACCAACUACAACUAUCAAGAUCACUUCUAAGUACACUUCCUACGUUUGUCAAACUUGUCACACUACGACAAUUCAAGAACCAAGCUCAAGCGCUCCAUUACCAACAACGACUAUCCCAAUCACUUCAAAAUCCACAGUAUAUGUUUGUGCUACCUGCGAAACAAUCACUCUUUCAACUUCCAGCAGUAUACCUACAACAUCUUCUGUUGUGUCAACCAGCACUACCAUCAUUUCUUCUAUUCCACCCUCUUCUUCACAUGUUAGCUCAAGUACUCAAUCUCUGUCCUCCUCCGAGCCUCUCUCUUCCUUAUUGCCCUCAUCCUCAUCUGCAUUAAUAUCCUCAACUUCAUCAAUUACCUCAAGUAUAGAUACUACUUCUUCGAUCUCAUCUUCAUCUGUUUCAUCACAUCCAUCAUCCAGCUCUACUAUAGUAUUGUCUUCCUCUAUCCCAUCAACUACUGCAAGUGAAACUAGUUUAAUUUUGACCUCAUCUUCCACUUCAAUUGUCAUUUCUAAAUCAUCUACCUCAGCUUCCACUUCCACUUCAACUGAAACAACAACAAGUUCUACUUCGCCAUCAUCAUCCUUCUCUUCUACAGUUCCUCCAAACACUGAACUAACCAGUACUUCUUCAUCAGCAUCCCCAUCUUCUAGCGUCCCAAUAUAUUCCUCUUCAACAUCUGUUACUUGUUCUGGUACCCAGUGUCUAUCUACUGAGUUAUCAUCAUCAUCAUGCACAAUCUUAUCAAGUUCUAUUCGUUACAAUACAACCUCUACUCUAAGCAGCUCGACGUCACUUGUAUCUACACCUACUGUUCACAUUUCAACGAUAACCACGACUGUCCAUAACACUACCAGUAUCUACACAUCUACAUGUCCCUUGACUACAGUACACGUUUCUUCUACAGUUCUUAUUUCCAUCGAAUCCUGUUCUGGUGGUGUAUGUACCGAACACACUACCACUCCUUCCACAAUCUCCUCAUCAUCAACAGAGUUAAGUCAAUCUUCUGUGUCUACCAUUGUUUCUACAAUAACCACAACAUCACCAACUCCAUCCAAAACUCCACUAUCUUCCUCUUGUGAGGGUUUGGGAUGUUCUGUUAAAGCCCAAUCAACUACUUCUGAGUGUAUCGGUACUACUUGCAAGUUAGCUAGUACGGAACAAACAACUUCAACACCUCCAGUACCUAUUGUUACCAAAACAACUACUUCAGAAACGAGUUCCUCAUCUUCAUUCUCAUCUACCCCAGUAACCACCCCUGCUACAACCAUGACCUCUGUCACUUCUACCAGGACUACCCCUACUCCUACAAUUUCGUCUCCAUCUACUUCAGGAUUUAUCUAUCAAUCCAGUUCCUCGUCUUCAGUUCCAUCUUCAUCAGGAACAUCGACUGUGCUAACCGUAAGUCAAUACGAAGGCAAUGGGUCCACCCUAUCAAGAUCCUCUGUAUUCAGUAUAUUUGUCACUUUCUUAAUGACAUUGAUUUUCUGA